CCGCCUCUUAUUUCCAAAGCCGGUGUCUGAGGGAGGCGUAGGUCUGUACACCGUAUUAUCUGUUUAUAUAGUCAAUUUUACUGUUUACAAAACACCGCGGGGAACAGCUGUGGUUUCGCGUUAGUUUUUAACGUGAACUCAUAUAUCCAUACGCCGGAACGAAGUCUUUGGCCAUAUUUUCCUGGAUCAAAGCGGUGGUUUUUCUUCUAUCCGGAUGAGAGGAUCCCCACCGUAUUUUUUGUUCGUGCAACGUGGACUUCACGCGCUACACGGGAGCCGGGAGAGCCGUACUACCGGAAUAAAAUUACUGUUUUAAAGCAAAAGAACGAAGAUACACGUCGUUUACCCGUGGUGGAUAUCCUCAAAAGGAAUGCUUCUUUCCAAGCUCAAUUCUCUGGCCCACAUCUCCACCGUAGACAUGCCGGCGAAGAUCCAGCUUCAAGUUCAUCAAGUGAAGGAGAGGGAGCCUUUCGAGAAGCUGUACCAGGUCGGCGCUGUGCUGGGUAGCGGCGGGUUCGGCACCGUCUACUCCGGUACGAGGAUAUCCGACGGAGCUCCGGUUGCUGUCAAACAUGUAGCAAAGGGCAGGGUCUCCGAGUGGGGAGAGCUGCCCAACGGCUCCCGGGUCCCCAUGGAGAUCGUGCUGUUGAAGAAAGUCGGGACGGGCUUCCGCGGCGUUAUCAAGAUGCUGGACUGGUUUGAGCGACCGGACAGCUUCAUCAUCGUGAUGGAGAGACCCGAGAACGUCAAGGACCUUUUUGACUUCAUCACGGAGAAAGGUGCCUUACCGGAGGAGCUGGCGCGGAGCUUUUUCCGCCAGGUGCUGGAGGCCGUGCGGCACUGUCACAACUGCGGAGUGGUGCACCGGGACAUCAAAGACGAGAACAUCCUCAUCGACCUCCGCACCGGAGAGAUGAAGCUCAUCGACUUCGGAUCCGGAGCCCUGCUGAAGGACACCAUUUACACAGACUUUGAUGGCACAAGAGUGUACAGCCCGCCAGAGUGGAUCAAAUAUCAUCGCUAUCAUGGGCGCUCUGCCACAGUUUGGUCCCUGGGUGUCUUGCUGUAUGACAUGGUGUGUGGGGACAUCCCAUUUGAACAUGAUGAAGAGAUCAUAAGAGGACAAGUGCUCUUCCGGAGGAGAAUCUCCACAGAAUGCCAGCAGUUGAUCAAGUGGUGUCUGUCUCUGCGGCCGGCAGACCGCCCAUCCUUUGAGGACAUUAUCAACCACUCGUGGAUGCAGAGCACAUCCUCCUCCGUGGUCUCAUCCACAGUGCAGACAGAGAAGACCACCACAGAGAUCAGACUGCACAGCAUCAGCCAUGAGCCCACAGCCUUCACUCCCUCCCCUGUGGCAGUGGCUCGGUGAUGGAGGAAAACAGUUCGCUCCGGGCUGGUCUGGUCCGAACUGGACUGCACUGAGGCUAUUACAAAAAGACUUAGGUAACAGACUUGAAACAGAGACUUGUCUGCGCCCUUGACGCAGACAAGGUCGAGGUGUAAAGGACCACACGCAAGGUUGUGACAAAACCAUCACCCCUUGGUUUCAAACCAUGCAGGCCAGACCCAGACCCUCUCCACCCUCACGCCCAACUUUACUUUUUCCCGGACGUUGAUCCACGUCAGUGUCAGAACAUCAUCUUCACUGGACUCUGAUCUAGGCAACGGGUGUUUAUCAGUCUGUCGGAGGGCGUGCUCUGUAUGCACGGACACCUGCAAUUGAGCAAAUACAGCACACAUGCCCACUGUUUUGCUGAAUGGCAGGUGGACAGUCCGAGUUAUGUAACCUCUCGCUACACUGUACUCUGCUCCCUCUUUCUAUUUCUCUGUGUCACAGCAGAGUGGGAAGAGCAGACGUGUUGGCAAAGAGGAGCAUGAUUUUAAAAAAGUGCCUUCUGUGAGAUUGUUGGGGGGGACCCUGAAAAUACUUGAAUUUGUGAAAGUGAACAGGCUCUUCUUCUUGACGGCCUUUUUGUUCCUUACUCUUCACAAGGCUUUAUAUUGUUUAUUGCUGUUUUUCCUCUCUUCCACUCAUGGGCCUAGAUCAGUAAAGCCUAUGCCAUUACAACCACUACUAUCACUACUUCUACUACUCCAAUGUCAUUAGCAACCAGACAACCUCAUAGCUCCGGCAGCAACCUGUGCAAAACAAUCAUAAAAAAAAGAAACACUGGACUUACCUCACUCUCUCUAUACUACAGCAUCCACCUCUACUCUACUUUACAACCUCCGCUUCCUCCUCUUCUUGUGUUGUACUAUAUACAGACACACAGCUUAGGUGACCGCUCAUUCACACCCACCUGAAUGCACACCACAAUGCAAACUCAACCAUACCAGAAUACAACAUCUUCUGCUCUUCACUUCAAUUUUUUUUAGAACAGUGCCUCACAAAGGUCUUAAAUUUGGUGGGGACAAGAAUUGUAAAUAAUAACAAUAUUUAUUAUUGCUGUGACACUCAAUGAGCUUUUUUUGUCGCAGAAUUUAUUUAUUUAUUUAUAAGAGAAUUUCGGCUGUACGUAUAUUUCAUUCCACAGUCACUGAAGGGCCCACAGAUUAUUUAAAAGACAAACAAAGAUGAAUUUUUCUUUUUUCUUUGACCAUAUUUAUGGCUUGAAAAUUUUUAAAAGAGCAGAUGUGUGUGUGUAUGUUUGUGUAUGUAAUGUAAAUAAUGUGUAAAUAGUCUUGAAAGCACUUCCAUCUUAAUGUAUCUAAACAUUGAACGUCUACUGAUGGUGACUGGUUUUGUUACUCUGUUGUCCGCUGUGGGAGCGAGUGAAUUCUGAAUGUUGGAGUGAUGUGUGCGUGUGUGUGUGUGUGUGUGUGUGUGUGUGUGUGUGUGUGUGUGUGUGUGUGAGUGAGUGCAUGAGAAACUUCUGGGUGUAUGAUUGUAGCUUGGAUUGUUUUUUUUCAUCCAUUCAAAUUAGAAUUGUAAAUUAUGUUAGAAACUAUUUUUAUACGAUUUUAAUAAAUAUUUUUUUAACUAUGA